AUUUCCAGCACCCACGUGGCAGCUCACUUCUGUCUGUAACUUGAGUUUCAGGGAAUCUGAUACCCUCUUCUGGCGUCUGAAGACACUACACCCAUGUGGUGCUCAUACACAAUGCAAGCACAUCACUCACACAUAAAAAAUAAAAAAUAAUUAAGUUUUCAGAAAAAAAAAUCGGACCCUAUGUACACAUUUUCCCCUAGACUGUUGUGUGUGUUUUCCCUUGUCUUACUUCCAGGAGCAGAGAAAGUCCCCGUUACACCUGCCCAAGUUCACCAAGUAGGUGAGCCUACCAUCACACCACGAUGAAUGUUUGAUAGUCUUGUUUCACGGGUGCUCGUCAGUCCACAAUCACAGGGACUCUGCUGUGGGUUGGACAUUGACCCCCUCAGUCUUCCUGGGUCAGAAGCUCACUUCCCCAAACUCUGUGGUAAUGGCACUUGGAGUUGGGGUUUUUGAGUUAGAAUCAGAUGAGGUCAUAAGGGUGGAGAGCCCGUGAUGGCAUUACUGAUAUUAUACAAAAAGGAAGAGAAACCCAAGUCAGCCAGCUUGCUCUGUCUUUCUGCAUGGAUGAUGUGGCAAGAAGACUUUUAACAGAUGUCAAUACCAUACCCCAGGACAUCCAGCCUCCAGAACCAUGAAAUAAAUCUUUAUUUUUGUAAAUUGCCUGUCCGUGGUAUUUUGUUAUAACAACAGAAAAUGAACUAAGACAGAGUUCUUAAGCAGGAACCCAGGUUAAGUCUGCCCCAGAGCUGGGUGCUUGUCAGGAAGCAUUGGGAAGAACAAUCAAAUCAGAUAGAAUGUGCUUUACCCAUCCCUGACCCUGGUCUCUGAAUACUACUUGUCUAGGAAUGCUUCCAAACUGGUUGCUGCAUUCCUGUCUGAUAACUUAAUGCUGCAGGCAUGGACCACUUCAUUCUGAACCUAGCCAUAUCCCCAGCCUUCCUCCAUCUUUCCACAUAGAGCCUAUCCAACCUUGUGUUGAUAGCACCAGGAUCCAGAGUCACAUGGAGCAACUGGUUAAUGGUGUACGAGUCACACUGUCCUUUCUCUCACAAUUGACACGUAACAGAGAAUCUUUUCACCCACAUGUAGAAGCAGAAAUUGCAGACUGAGUAACGGAAAAGUUCAGGGAAUGACUUUGGAUACAGUCCCAUCCAGUAAUCUAGUCAUCCAGAGCACGUCAGUGAAGCCUCUGUCUCCAACCCUGCUGCCUACUAGGGUGUGUCCUGGUGGCUCUAGACUGUCAUCCCAGCUACUUUGCCAUGCUAAACAAUUAUAGAAUGCUUCUGGUAAACUAAAGCCAGAGAUGAGAUAUUAAUCUAAUACUUAACAUGAUUUAUAAUCUGAUUAAUAAUCUAAGGACUAGUAAUAGCUAUUGCUUUUUUCACAAAUAUGGUGCUGAAAGUAAACCCUGGCCUUUGUGCAUGGCAAGCAAAGCUCUGCCACUGGACAACACCCCAUGUUUCCACCUUCAUCCCCACUUCUGCAGAUGUGUGUUGACAGAAGCGUGUCCCUCCUUGAGUUACACAGUCCUAACGAUGACAUCUUCACUUGGGCUCAGGCUGUUGGAGACUCACAACUUUCUGACAUCAUUACAUUUUCUCGACCUGUAAAUGUUUGUAUGUGGGUUCCACAGCAAAACCACUGUCCGUGCAGCCCCUUAAGAGUGCUUAACCAACUUGUUCCUUCCAACUCCCAGCUCUUCUGGUUGUCAGAAUGUGUGUGCACAAACAAUCGCUAAAUCCAGAGUAAACUGUCACAUUUUCUGCUGGUCACGUUGUGUCCCCUCUGUCUGCACCCAAACGUGUUGCUGAUUAAGUUGGCUUCUGGUGGAGUUCUUCCCACUGUCUAUUGUCAUUCAGAGUAAGGAAACCCUUUGAAAGCACCUCGUGGCGUGCCAUUAAAACCAUUCCUGCUCCUUGACAGAUAGAUAAAUUCGCAGCGGAGGAGGGCAGGCCGCUCACACUGCAGUACCGGGGCAUCUGACACUUUCCAGGCAUCAGAUUCCCAGGGCCUGGCCUGCGCUAACUCCUCUAACCCCUCCAACACCCUUGAGAGAUAGGGAUUUUUGUCCCCAGUCUACAAAGGAGGAAAUGGGUUCCCACAAAGAUCAAGUAGCGUUCUCAAAGACAAACCACCACAAAACACCAAGGUUUACUUCACUCUCGAACUUAAGCUUUUGUCCAUAAUGCCGGAAGGCUGUUAUGUGUCAGACGGAAGAACCAUGGUGCCAUGUUAUGAGCUCUUACUCAACUGCCCUAAGAAAAAUAAGUCAAUUCAUUAUAUUUCUGUGUAUUUUUCUCGUUUUUACCUUGAAGUAAUAGGUACUUGAAUAUUCCCUACCCCGUGAGUAGUUCCAUUAGUAAAUUAUUCUCUAAAAUGCAAAUGAUGUAAUCAGCCCUCUGUGAGUCCACAGUUAGCCUGCCAAGAUAGACACUCUGUGACUGGCAUCCCUGACGCUGACUGAUGUUGAUGCUUUCCCCAUGGAACUCAGAGUUUAUUUCUGAGUGGAAAAGCCAUUGGCAUGAGAUGUCUGUGAGAAGCAAAGUUUAUUAAAUACUCUAUUCCAUGCAUUAAAUUCCCAGGCUAACCCAGAAUAUGCACGGGAUGGGGAGCCAGAUUAGAAUUUGAGUGGUACCCAGCAUAGACCAUCUCUCAAGUAAUUCUCAAGCCCUCUUGGACAUUGUAAACGAAGUUGAGAAUACAGUUACACACAGUAUGUCAUCAUAUGUUUUAAGUGUAUAAUGGAGAGAGGCUUCAGGUGGCCAAAAGAAAUAGCAGGCUCUUUAGCUGGAUUUUCCCCUGUUGCCUUCCUGACUCAUGUUGAAAGGCUUUUGUUUCUAAUCAAAGCAACAAACAGUAAGGUCACUUCCUUGCGAUUAUAUGGCAGCGGAAGGUGUCAGGGGCUUUGGGUCCUCACUUCUCCCGGCUUGUAGUUGGAGGACACAGCACACGCACCCGACAGCGCUGAAUACAUGUGUCCUGCGUCCUGCACCUUCUCGCCAGUCCCUUUAAAUGAGCCUCGAUCAUGGAUUGGAGAUGACAGAAGGCAGGCACUGCCAGGUGCACCUGCUGGAUGACAGGAGACUGGAGUUGCUGGUCCAGCCCAAGCUUUUAUCAAGAGAGCUGCUGGACCUUGUGGCAUCGCAUUUCAACCUGAAAGAGAAGGAGUACUUUGGAAUAACGUUUAUAGACGACACGGGUCAAGAGAACUGGCUGCAGCUAGACCACAGAGUUCUGGAGCAUGAUUUGCCUAAGAAGCCUGGCCCAGCUAUCCUGCACUUUGCUGUCAGGUUCUACAUCGAGAGCAUAUCCUUUCUAAAGGAUAAGAACACGGUGGAACUGUUUUUCCUGAACGCAAAGGCCUGUGUACACAAGGGGCAAAUUGAAGUAGACAGUGAAACCAUCUUCAAGUUGGCAGCCCUGGUGUUGCAGGAAAGCAAGGGAGACUAUACCAGUGAUGAGAAUGCCAGGAAAGAUUUGAAGACACUGCCAGUCUUUCCAACCAAAACCCUCCAGGAACAUCCAUCACUCGCUUACUGUGAAGACAGAGUGAUCGAGCAUUAUUUAAAAAUCAAAGGUCUGACUCGGGGUCAAGCUGUGGUCCAGUACAUGAAAAUAGUGGAAGCCCUACCUACCUAUGGAGUCCAUUAUUAUGCAGUGAAGGAUAAGCAGGGACUGCCAUGGUGGCUUGGGAUCAGCUACAAAGGAAUCGGCCAGUAUGAUUUACAGGACAAGGUGAAACCUCGGAAAUUAUUUCAAUGGAAGCAGCUGGAGAAUUUGUAUUUCCGUGAGAAGAAAUUUGCUGUGGAGGUUCACGACCCACGCAGGAUUUCUGUGUCUCGAAGAACCUUUGGACAGAGUGGCCUGUUUGUACAAACCUGGUAUGCAAAUUCUUCUCUCAUCAAGUCCAUCUGGGUAAUGGCCAUCAGCCAGCAUCAGUUCUACCUGGACCGGAAGCAGAGUAAAGCAAAAAUUCCUUCAGCCAGAAGUUUAGACGAUAUCGCAAUGGAUUUAACAGAGACUGGAACACAGAGGGUCUCCAAACUGGUGACCCUGGAAGCAAAAAGUCAGUUUAUCAUGGCAAGCAAUGGCAGUCUGAUAUCCUCAGGUUCUCAGGACUCCGAAGGCAUGGAGGAGCAGAAGCGAGAGAAAAUCCUCGAACUCAAGAAGAAGGAGAAACUGUUGCAAGAAAAACUCCUGAAGAAAGUUGAGGAGCUGAAGAAGAUCUGUCUUCGAGAGGCCGAACUCACGGGCAGAAUGCCAAAGGAGUAUCCUCUGAACGUCGGCGAGAAGCCCCCUCAGGUCAGGAGGCGAGUGGGGACCGCGUUCAAGUUAGAUGACAACUUACUGCCUACUGAGGAGGAUCCGGCUUUGCAAGAAUUGGAGAGCAAUUUCCUGAUACAGCAAAAGCUGGUUGAAGCGGCAAAGAAACUUGCCGGUGAGCCAGACCUCUGUAAAACCGUGAAGAAAAAGCGGAAGCAAGAUUACACAGAUGCCGUGAAAAGGCUACAGGAGAUUGAAAACGCCAUAAAUGAAUACCGAAUCCGGUGUGGAAAGAAACCCAGCCAGAAAGCCGCAGUUACUCUACCGGAAGACAUAAUUCCAUCAGAAAGUAGUUCUUUGUCCGACACCACCACCUAUGAUGAUCCCAAUGACUCCUUCACUCUUGCGGGGCAGCGACCAAGUUCAGUCCCUCAUUCUCCAAGAAUUCUACCCCCCAAGUCUCUCGGUAUUGAGCGAAUCCACUUCAGAAAAUCCUCCAUCAAUGACCAGUUCAUGGACACCAGGCAGUCCAGAGAAGUGCUGUCCACCCACAGCAGCCCAUACAAAACCCUAGAGAGGCGGCCCCAAGGAGGACGGAGCAUGCCCACCACGCCUGUCUUGACUCGGAAUGCCUACAGCAGCAGCCACCUGGAACCUGACUCUUCAUCUCAGCACUGCCGCCAGCGGAGCGGAAGCCUGGAGUCCCAGUCCCACCUGCUCUCUGAGAUGGACAGUGACAAGCCAUUUUUUACCCUUUCCAAGUCCCAAAGAAGCAGCAGCACUGAGAUCCUCGAUGAUGGGUCUUCCUACACCAGCCAGUCAAGCUCCGAGUAUUACUGUGUGACCCCCGUUUCUGGCCCUUACUACACCACCCAGACUCUGGACACCCGUGCCCGGGGUAGGAGAAGGUCCAAGAAACAGAACGUUUCUACUUCCAAUUCAGGAAGCAUGCCCAACCUAGCACAAAAGGAUACUCUGAGGAACGGUGUCUACUCAAAGGGUCAGGACCCACCUCCUUCCGGUUACUAUAUCUCCGGAUAUGCACCCUAUGCCGAGUGUGACCUGUAUUACAGUGGUGGCUAUGUCUAUGAGAACGACACCGAGGGACAGUACAGUGUCAAUCCUUCCUACCGAUCCUCCGCUCACUAUGGAUACGACCGCCAGAGGGACUACAGCAGGUCUUUCCACGAAGACGAGGUAGACCGCGUGCCCCACAACCCUUACGCAACUCUCCGGCUGCCAAGGAAGGCUGCCGUGAAGUCUGAGCACAUCACCAAAAACAUCCACAAGGCCUUAGUUGCUGAGCACCUGCGUGGCUGGUACCAGAGAGCUUCUGGGCAAAAGGAUCAGGGGCACAGCCCACAGACUAGCUUUGACUCGGACAGGGGAUCCCAGAGGUGCCUGGGAUUUCCUGGGCUGCAGGUGCCCUGUUCUCCGAGCAGCCGAGCGUCUUCCUACUCUUCAGUGUCUUCUACAAAUGCUUCUGGGAACUGGAGGACCCAGUUAACCGUGGGGCUAUCUGAAUACGAAAAUCCAGUGCAUUCUCCCUACACCAGCUACUAUGGCAGCAUCUACAAUCCUUUACCCUCUCCAAGCAGGCACAAUCGAGGCCCUCUGUCGCAGAGGAUGGCUGUGACUCCGGGAGUGAGAUCAGUGUUAAGCUCUGUCUUGCUCAGUGUAGCCAGUGGGAACAGUACGCAGACACCACUCCGCUGGACGGUACAGAUGGAAGCCAGCUGGAAGACAACCUGGAGAGCAGCGAGCAGAGACUCUUUUGGCACGAAGACUCCAAGCCUGGAACAUUAGUCUGAAUGCAGUUGGACUCCUGACCAAGCACUGCGCGUUCUCACACUAGUGUGCCUUGCAGAGUGUGUUCCUUUUCUAGAAGGAUUUAGAAACUAAAGGCCUCCAAGGGAGAAGAGAAGACUUCAGUGAAUCACACACUAAGCCCCACAAAGCCCUGGUGAGGACUUGCCUUUCAAACUCUAGGCACCAACCCAUCACAAAGUCUGAUCCCAUUGUGGGAUUCUUGUCAAGAGAGUUGACAUGAAGCCUUGAUCCCCAGCGAGCUCUACUGAAGGGAACAACAAUCAUCAAAGGCAAGCCUUGAAACUGGGGACAUGUUCAGGGAGUUUGUCCCAUUGGAAAGGAGGAUGGGAUAUUGCAGAGCACAGUUCAGAAUGCUGAGAAGAGGGGACCCGGAAGCUCCUGAGCUGUGGCUCACCAUUACAAGGUUUGAAUUCAUGAGCUGACAGAAAACACCCUGUUUCUACAAAACAGAUGACAAUUUAGACAGUAUUGAAAACUUACUUGAAGAGAAGUUAGAUUUUCAUGAAGUUCUGAAUGAAUGUAAAUGUUUUAAGAUAUUACAAAGUGAUGUUUUUCAUGAGCACCAUAAUACGGAUUCUAGUCAUUCUGAUUGCUGUGGCAUCCUGUACCAUAACUUGAUGGUAGACAACCAGAGGAAUUAACUGGCCACCUCUGCUUGGAGAACGUUCUUAAGGUACAUAUCACCAAUCCCUAUUGUGCUUCCCAACACUGACUUCUCGGACUCUCCACCUUGCCUGUUCUUUGAACUGGCAGGCUUGAGGUGGCAAGUUUGUGGAACCACGAAUCUGAGAAAGGGUUUUGAGAUGAUGACAGAAAGGACCCAGAGGACAAAGCCAACUCGUAUCAUCAUAGAUGAAUCGUGUGCCUUAAAGUGGUGAACAGUAGAGAGUUAAACCUACACUCUGAACGCCAGAAGUCAAUUCGAGUCACCCAGUGACCAGACAAGAUGGGCAUGAAAGGAUUUCCUCCAAGCUGCAGGAGAGUGAAUCAUGGGACUUCAACUACCUCCUACCCUGUCUGGAGGAGCUCCUCAUUGGCUGUUUGCAGGAUUUUGCGUGCUUAUAGGGCAGCCUUGAUCUCUGUCUCUUUAUUCGGCUUCGGAAUCCCACAAAAGGUGCUUCCUCUUCCCUCCUUUUAUACGAGUUUCUUGUCCAUAUUGUGAAUAGAGACAUUUCUCAACAGCUUUUCUGGAACAUUUUUCUACUUGUAUUCCAAAGCAUGUAAUAUAUACAUAAAAAUGAUUUGUUAAACUGGUCCUUAGUCAUUUGUAUCAUUAGAAAUGAAGUUUGGGGAAAAAUUUUUGGAAAAAAAAAUGACACAAGUUGGAAAAAAAAUAAUAACUUAUUUCUUUUUGCAUAUUUGUAUAGCCUUCUGAAAUCGGAAACAGCCUUUUGCAUAUACUUUCACUGUUUUGACUUUUUGAGACCUAUUAUUUUUUUACGUAGGUCAAUAAACUGAAAGUGUGCUACUGAA